CUGAAAACCAACAUGGCGGCGCCCGUGAGAACCAGCUCCUCUGACAGUGAGCCGUUUAUCGGCAAAUAAACUUAUUUAAAGACGAAGACCGUUUGUUCGACGGAAACCAGCAGUGAAAAAAAUCAGGGUCAUGUCCAGGCUGGCCGUGGUGUGUGGGGGCUCCAGGGGCAUUGGGAAGGCCGUGUCCCGCCUGCUGGCAGAGAGGGGCUGCAGGUUAGCUGUUGUCUCCAGGGACGAAGGUGCUGCCCGGGCCACUGUGGCAUCUCUGCAUGGAGGUGACCAUGUGGCUUUUAGCUGUGAUGUCUCCAAAGAGCAGGAGGUGCAGAAAACCUUUGACACAAUUAAAAAAACCUGUGGAAACAUUUCUUAUCUGGUGAAUGCAGCUGGCGUCAACAGGGACGCCUUGUUACUGAGGACUCAGCCGGAGGACAUGGUGGCUGUGCUUCACACCAACUUGUUGGGCACCAUGCUGACCUGCAGGGCGGCACUGCGCAGCAUGCUGCACACUCAGGGAGCUGCCAUUGUUAAUAUAGGCUCUGUUGUGGGUCUGAAAGGGAAUGCUGGACAGUGUGUGUACAGUGCCAGUAAAGCUGGUCUCGAGGGUUUCACACGAUCUUUGGCUAAAGAAGUUGCUUCACGUAAUAUCCGAGUUAAUCUGCUGGCUCCAGGUUUUAUCCACACCGACAUGACCACUGGGCAGAGGGAGGAGGACUGGGUGCGCUCCAUUCCACUGGGGAGAUUUGGCGAGCCGGAGGAGGUAGCCCAGGCUGUUCUUUUCCUUUUGGAGUCUUCCUAUGUGACUGGACAGGUGAUGGUAGUGGAUGGAGGGCUGCAGCUGGGCAUGUAGGGAGCGGGCCCUUCCCCUGACCUUUCAAAACAGUGGCUGUGAGGCAGGUGAAGCCUCGCUCUUUUUCAAAGUCAUAUGACUUGUUUUAGGAAUAAAAAUUGUCUGCUGAGGAAGUGGUUCAGGAAUAAGAUGAAGACUCUGUGGGCAUUUCAUCAAACUUCACGGCGAAAGUCGAGUGCUGCUCAGUGGCCACAUCAGUAUCACCGUCAUGUCGUUCUCUGUCACGCUGUCCACCCUUGGUGGGCAUGGUGUGAUGUCUGUGGCAGUCGGUCAUCAUGACUAAAGCUGCUGACUCCAGAGUGUUUGGCCCAGUCCAGACCUCAGUGCCCUGAGGUCCUAAAUUUGAUCAGAUUUAACGCUCUCUGCCUUUUUCCAUUACUGUAAAGUGCCCCACCACUGAUCAUAACACUCAUGUUUUGUUCCCCCGCCUCCCCCAGGGAGACCCCCUCACAGCCGGCCCAUGUUGCUCCCCUCCGUUAGUGGUCCCCCGCCCCGAGCCCACCUCUGGAGGGGCCUGCCGAGGGGCCAGGCAUGUUGGACUACAGCUGGAGGAAAUUAGAGGUGGUGGUGGAGGU